AUUCAAUCCUGGGAAUAGACAAAAGUCUUCCCCAAUACAGUAGAGGCCAUGCCUGCGGCCUACCCACUCCCUACAAAUCUCUCCCCCGCCACCGUCACAAACACUGCAUCUCUUCUACGCAUCAUCGCACUCGCCCUCAUCUCAGGUGCAGCUAUCGCCUCUCGUCUGUUUGCUGUAAUCAACUUCGAAAGUAUCAUACACGAAUUCGACCCAUGGUUUAACUAUCGAGCAACUAAAGUGUUGGCCGCGAAGGGAUUCUACGAAUUUUGGAACUGGUUCGAUCCCACAGCAUGGUAUCCACUCGGUCGUGUAGUGGGCGGUACCAUCUACCCAGGUCUCAUGGCCACGAGCGGCGUCAUUUACAACGUUCUCCACGCUCUCAACCUGCCUGUUGAUAUCCGUAAUGUCUGCGUUCUGCUUGCGCCCGGCUUCAGUUCCCUUACGGCAUGGGCUACCUACAUGUUCACCAAGGAAUUGAAAGAUGCCAGCGCGGGACUCCUCGCCGCCGCUUUCAUCGGCAUCGUCCCAGGAUACAUCUCUCGUUCCGUCGCUGGUUCUUACGACAAUGAGGCCAUCGCCAUCUUUCUCCUUAUGUUCACUUUCUUUCUUUGGAUCAAAGCACUCAAGCAGGGCAGUGCCCUCUUUGGUACCCUUGCUGCCUUGUUCUACUUCUACAUGGUAGCCGCUUGGGGUGGUUAUGCGUUUAUUACAAAUAUGAUCCCUCUGCAUGCGCUGUCGCUCAUUCUUAUGGGUCGGUACACUAGCCGCCUUUACGUAGCAUACUCGUCUUGGUAUGCGAUUGGAACGCUGGCGAGCAUGCAGGUUCCGUUCGUAGGUUUCCAACCUGUGCGCACCAGUGAACACAUGGGAGCCCUUGGCGUAUUCGGUCUUCUGCAGAUCGUCGCGUUUGUACAACUCGUCCGCUCGCAUGUGUCGUCCAAGCAAUUCCAGGACCUGCUCUUCGUCUCCGUCAUUGCAGCCGGCCUCAUCGGCACGUUUGGCAUCGUAGGAUUGACAUACAAGGGCUGGAUUGCACCAUGGACCGGUCGCUUUUAUUCUCUUUGGGACACAGGCUACGCCAAAAAGUACAUCCCCAUCAUCGCCUCCGUUUCAGAGCAUCAACCGACAGCUUGGCCCUCAUUCUUCAUGGACUUGCAUAUGCUCAUCUUCCUCUUCCCCGCGGGCGUCGUGCUCUGCUUCCGCCAGCUUCGCGACGAGCACGUCUUCGUUAUCAUCUACGCAUUUGUCGCUAGUUACUUCGCAGGUGUCAUGGUCCGAUUGAUGCUGACUCUCACGCCUAUCGUUUGUGUGGCCGCCGCCGUCGCGUUCUCGUCGCUUCUCGACACAUACAUCGAUCCCACGGAGCCGGAGGCAAAGAAGGACAAGGCCGCACCUUCCUCUACAGGCACCUCGGUUGGUGACUUGAUCUCCGGUAUCAUGGGCCAGUCCUCGGGCAAAAGCUCACACAAGAAGGGCGCAGCACCGAAGGAAAAGGGUAUCUUCGGCGUCGAUACGCGGAUAGCUGUCAUCUUCAAUGCAGUCUGCAUGUUGUUGUUCUUUGUCGUGCACUGCACAUGGGUUACUUCCAACGCGUACUCUUCUCCCUCUGUCGUGCUUUCAUCUCACACUGCCGACGGGCUCAACAUCAUUGAUGACUUCCGGGAGGCUUAUUAUUGGCUCCGCCAGAAUACCCCUGAGACAGCUGUCGUCAUGAGCUGGUGGGACUACGGGUACCAGAUCGCGGGUAUGGCCGACAGGCCGACAUUGGUGGACAACAAUACAUGGAACAACACCCACAUCGCCACAGUCGGCAAGGCGAUGUCGAGCCCCGAGGAAGUUGCAUACCCGAUUUUGCGGAAACAUGACGUCGACUACAUCCUUGUCAUCUUCGGCGGGCUCAUUGGAUACUCCGGCGACGAUAUCAACAAAUUCCUGUGGAUGGUUCGCAUCGCGCAGGGCGUGUGGCCGGACGAGAUCCAGGAGCCCAAGUACUUCACGCCGACGGGUGACUAUCGCGUCGACGACCAAGCUUCGCCCGCGAUGAAGAACAGCCUGAUGUACAAGAUGUCGUACUACCGGUUCACGGAGCUGUUUGGUGGCCAGCAAGCUGUAGAUCGCGUCCGUGGGCAGAACAUGCCCAAGGUCGGGCCGACUCUGGACUAUCUCGAGGAAGCCUUCACCACAGAAAACUGGAUUGUCCGGAUCUACCAAGUGAAGAAAGAGGACCCGCUCGGCCGCGACCUCAAAAGCGCCAACGCGUUCGCGCAGGGCAAAAAGAGGAAGCGGACAAAGCCCCCGGUGAGGCGAAAGGCGGCGGCGUAGAUGAUGCAUGUGUGUGUGUGGAAUACAGUGUGCGCUGUUGCAUAGUGACUUUCGAACUUUUUAUUAUAUGCUCUUUGCUGUGGACUUCGCAACAU